GGCUGGAUAGAAUUUGAGUCAGUCAAGUCAACUUUUUCAAUGCAGUACUUGUGUGAUACGUCAUAUAUGCUUCGAUACGUUCUUCAAGUUAAGGCUGUUUUUAAGAAAGUAAUAGUCCACAUCCGUGAUUGUGCCAAUCGCCAAUCGCUCUCCAUCAGCAAUGUAGACUAAUUUGGGGAAGGUGCGAAGUAUAUCUCCUAUAGAAUUCUGAGUGAGUUGAAAGACGACAAGUGCGAAGUUAAGGCCGCGACGAAAUAAAAGAACUAUUUCAUCAGCGAAUAUGUUUGUUAAUUAGAAUUUGUAUAAAUACCAAAUCCAAUUUUGUUUAUAUCACUAUCACAAUCUUUUGUUCAUGUGCAAUAAUUUCAAUUUACGAUGUCUCCGUAUUCAUCUAGAUUAGUUGUAAAAUUGAAAAAAAGUGCAAGUAAAUUGUCUAAAAAGACAGACCGUUCGUACCGAAAAGAAGAAAACAUAACGCAGAUGAUGAAGGUGAAUGAAAGAAACUCAAAAUUUACAUCAAUCUAUUUGAAAAGAAUGCAUUCACCGCCGACCACUACUCAAAAAUGGAAAUCUGACCAGGAUUUUAUAUAUGUAGAUUCUCUCAUGGCAUCAUCCAUGUUUUCUUCUACCAAAGCUCACAAUAAGAAUUACACAUCAGAACGCUAUAUCACAAAACCACCGAGAAAGAUACCACAGAAUCAACGACUUGUUAAAGUUUGUGAAAGAACGCGAACGGUUACCCCAACAAAACUAAUUGCAAAAAGAGGAAAUAAGGUCGAACCAACGUACGUCUCGAUUGAUAUCAUAAACAGAAAAAUAGAGGUGAUGGAAGAAGAAGAUAAGCGAAUAUAUAUUUCAAAUUGGAAAUUGUCUGAGCAGUAUGGUGGUAUGUCAGAUUAUAUUCAACAAACAAAUUCUAAAAAUCGACAUAAAAUUGCCAAUGCUUGCAAACGGGCAAAAUCUGCGUUGGAGAAGAUGAAACAAUCAAGACGUAAAAGUGCAUUACAAAAGAGAAAAGCAACGAAAGCUCGUCUCAGUUCGACGCUUUCUAAACCAGCUGCAAAUAUUAUAGAAAGACAACUUAAAGAAUCUAGAAUUCGGGGAAAUAGUAAGUUAUUCGACACGCGAAAUUUAUCCCGUUCUCAAAAUGAUAUGCCUGUCGUGAAUGUAACGUCAAACAUAACAGUGAAGGAUAUUCAAAACGUUCUGACAAAGAAGAAAGCGUUCGUUAUGGACAUCGAUGACACACAGAUGCAAUCAAUUGAAGCAUGUUGCAAAAUUUCAGAAAACGAAAAAACAAAAUUUGAAAGACCAGACUAUAGGAGAACUACACUGAGAGAUAUUAUCGGCGAUAAAGGUAGACUUGAAGACUUCCGUUAUUUUUUACGAUCCGAAUAUAGCGAAGAAAAUUUGGAAUUUUGGUUCAAAUGUGUUUCUUACCGAACGAUCAAAUCACCAAAGUUGAGAUGGCGAGAAAGUAGAAGAAUAUUUGAUGAAUUUUUGGCUCCUUAUGCACCUAAAGAGGUUAACUUGGAUUCCAAAGUCAAAAGAAACACAAGGAUUAAUAUUGAAUUUCCUGAUGAAAAUACAUUUUCUGAAGCUCAACUAUGUGUCUACAAUCUCAUGGAAAAAGAUUCUUUCAGAAGAUUCAUGAAUGCCAGAAGACACACGCAGUGCUGAAAAUAUUUUUAAAAUUAAUUUUGUUCCAACAUGUUCAUAUUUUUUUUUAAUAAACGAUUAAUCGAUUGAUCAUCUUCUCAUUGUAGUCGUGGUUAUUAAUUCCUUACAAUUCUUUGGUGAGUCUAUCUACUACUACUAUACGAAAUUUAUAAAACGUCAAA